AUGCAAAAGCCGACAAUUACAGUUAUUGGAUCUCUCAAUUAUGACUUGGUCACAUUCACCAAUAAGGUGCCAGAAGGUGGUGAGACCUACCAAGCCAAUUCAUUUGAGACUCACAUGGGUGGCAAAGGAUUGAAUGAAGCAAUUGCCGUGGCAAGAUUAUCGCCAGAAGGUAAAGUCAACACCAGAAUGGUUGGCAGGGUGGGCACAGAUCAAUUUGGAGACAGUUUGAAGCAGUGCCUUGUCGAUGCUGGAGUCGAUGUGUCCAAUGUGAAAGCAAUUGAUGGGUCGUCAGGAGUGGCGGUAAUUAUUGUUGAGGAGAAUGGAGAGAAUAGGAUACUUAUUACCCCAGGGGCAAAUGGAAAAUUGUCAUUAUCUGAUGAGGAAUACGCAUCCAUCUUCAAAUACGAUGCAUUUGUCGUGUUGCAGAAUGAGUAUCCCGAUACUGCCAAGAGCAUAACUUGGUUAAAGACACACAAACCAGAGAUCAAUAUUGCAUACAAUCCAUCACCAUACAAACCAAAGUUGAUUACCCAUGAGAUACUAUCAAAGAUUGAUCUCUUAAUUGUUAAUGAGGGUGAAGCAAAAGACGUUGCAAAGCAUCUCUUGGGUGGGUCCACAGCCCAGUUUGACACUUUGGCGGUGGAGCUUCAAAAGCUUUUGCACCAAGGGAAUAUCAAAACCGUUGUCAUCACCAUGGGAAGCAAGGGAAGCAUCUUCUACAAUGGUGAAGCAGACCCCACAUUUGUCCCAUCCAAAAAGAUUCAAUCUGUAGUUGACACAACCGGUGCUGGUGACACUUUUUUCGGGGCGGUUGUAUCCAAUCUAGCAUUAGGAAACAACCUUGAACAGGCGGUUAAUUUUGCAACUACAGCCAGCAGUUUAGCAAUUCAGAAAAAGGGAGCCGCUGAGAGUAUACCAUUUUAUAAAGAUGUCUAA